CCCCCAAAUCCCACCGCUCCCCCUGGAACAGGAGGAUGGGUAUAGGGCUUGAGCGUGACUGUACGCACCCAACCCGACCCAUCUUCUCAUGGAGCCCUCUGCCACCGCCGCUGCUGCCAGCAUUCCGUGGAACGCCCCGAAUGCCCAUCCCGCCAUCAACACCAACGCCAGCCCGUGGACCCCGCUCCCCUUCGUGCCCAACAACCUCCACCCCCUCAACGUGUCCCAGUCUACUUUACCCAGCGGCACCGGGGCCGGUCUCGGCGGUCACGGAGGAGACGGCGACAGCGCUCUGCCCGGCUCGUUGGCGCUAGUGGCCAUGCUGCUGAUCGACCUGCUGGCCAUCACGGGCAACCUGGCAGUGAUGUCGGUCAUCGCGUGCACGCCGCAGCUGCGCAAGUUCGUCUUCGUGUUUCACCUGUGCAUGGUGGACCUGCUGGCGGCACUGGUGCUGCUGCCGCUGGCCAUGCUGACGGACCAGCCCUUCUUCGACGAGGCGCUGUGCCGCGGCUACCUGUGCCUGAGCAUGGGCCUCAUCUGCGCCACCAUCCUCACCAUCUGCGCCAUCAACGUGGAGCGCUACUACUACAUCGUCUACCCCAUGCGCUACGAGGUCAAGAUGACGGUGGGGCUGGUGGUCAUGGUGCUGGUCGGCGUCUGGGUGAAGGCCGUGGUCAUGUCCGCCUUCCCCUUGCUGGGGUGGGCGAUGACCGGGGCUGGAAACGGAAGCCUGGGGCCUGCUGGAGGUGGCGGGGCUGGGGCUGGCGCUGCUGGGGCGGCUACUGCCGCAACCCUGGAUUCUGGACAUAGACGCUGCUCCCUGCACUGGGAUGGCGGAGGCGUCAUUGUUGGCGGGGGAGGAGGGGUGUUUGCCAGUGGUGGUAGUGGUGGCGGCGGCGCUGGCGGUACGCCUCGCUUGGUCUUGAUGGUCCUGUUCACGCUCAUGUACUUCCUGUGCCCUGUGCUCAUCAUCCUGGUCGUGUACUGCAACAUGUUCAAGGUGGCGCGCGUGGCCGCCAUGCAGCCAGGGCACGCGCCCACCUGGAUGGACACUCCUCGCCAACAGCAGCAGCAGCAACUGCAACAGCAGCAGCAGCAGCAGCAGCAUCAGCAGCAGCAGCAACAGCGAUCCGAGUCCAUGAGUAGCCACUCCAGCAUGGUGGCCAGUCUGGGGCCCUCUGCGCGCGGCGUCACUCCGCAGAGGACGUUCAGCGGGGGCAAGGCGGCCAUGGUGCUGGUGGCGGUCGGCGGGCAGUUCUUGGCGUGCUGGCUGCCAUACUUUUCCUACCACCUCUACUCAGCCCUGGCGCCUUCCGCCUCGUCGGUGGCGGCGUCCUCCUCGGCCUCCGCAACCUCCACCGUGACCUCCGGCGGCGGCGGCGGCAGCGUGACACUGGCGCAGCUGGAGGACGUGGUGACGUGGAUCGGCUACUCUUGCUUCGCCUCCAACCCCGUCUUCUACGGCUGCCUGAACCGGCAGAUCCGUGAGGAGCUGUGGCGGCAGCUGCACUGCCUGCUGGGCCUGUGGGGCCUGGGGCGGCCGCGCGGCGAGGACGAACAGCUGCCCAGCCGCGAGGCGUCCAUCGAGGAGAAUUUCCUGCAGUUCCUCCAGGGCACCUGCAAUCUGGAGCCCCGCAACUCGCACAGCAUCUCCGGAGGAGGAGGCGGAGCCCCUGCAGACCUCGCCAGGCCUCCUCCACAGGCCCUCGUGGACUUGACCAUCCCGGGACAGAUAGUGGAGGAGACCUCGGAGUUCACAGAUCAGCAGCAUUUGAACAAUGAUCUACUACUGACCAGGGCAGAGAAUUGCCACAGGACCUGUAUACCUGACCUGUAAGAGGAACAGACUUUCUAGACAAUGGACAAUUUUAUUUUUCUCUCUCUCUCUUCUCUGGUCUGGUGUCGUUUUUUUUUUUUCGUGUUUAGAUUUUUUUUUUUUUGCUGUUGUUGAUUUUUGUUGUUGUUGCUGUUCUUUUUUUGUGUGAUUUAUUUCAUUUCAUGUGCUUUCAAAUUUCAGGGUUUUAAAGUGGAACAUUAUUUAAAGAUAUAUAUAUUACAGUACAUCAGGUUAAGAUUUUGUACAUGUUCCUGUCCACUAUCAGGAUAUUAUUAUGAACCAAGAUUUUCAUUUAAAACAUUUUACAACAAAAAAAGAGUAAAUGGUAACGUCUCGACAUUUUGUCCUGCACUCUGUUCCACAUUCAGCUCUCGCAGGCUGGAUGGCAGAAAAAAAAUGCUUAACAAAAUUCAGUCCCACUAAACAAGAUUUAGAGAUUUAAGCAUGCAUGCAAAUGCUAAAGUCGUCACAAUUUUGCUUCAACAGUUAAACAUGUUUGGGAUUUUACUCUGAAAGGACAAAAAAAUCCCCAGAUGUUAUUUUAGGGACAAACUGGCUGAGGCAGACAGCAGCAGCAAAUAGAUGUGGACAUGUAACGACAUCACGGUUGCUUUAGUUGCUGUGGAUAAUGUUAUAUAUUGCACAAUUUGAGUGCCUUUCAGGCCAGAACUAAGCCAAUCGUUUCCCCUCCCAAAGGACCUUCUGUUGUGUUUCGAAACAUACGGGGAUGACGUAAAAAAAAAAAAAAAUGUGGACAGUCAAAAGGGAUAAAAUAGUCAGGUCACUGGCAACCAUGUGCCGCUUACAGCUGAGCACAGAAGAAGAAGAGAGAAAGAGAGAGAGAGAGAGAGAGAGAGAGAGAGAGAGAGAGAGAGAGAGAGAGAGAGAGAGAGAGGGAGAGAGGGAGAGAAAUACUGUAUCGCUGUCACUGAUCCAGUAGACUGUUCACAGCUUCCCCCAUCCCCAUCCCCCCCUUCUUCAUGUUUUUCAAGACAGAAAAUGAAUGCAAAUUCUGUCACAUUUUUUUCUCAGGACUCCAACAUGAUAUUGCUGUGCCUUUUUGACUACGUCCUAAUUAAAAUGUACAUAAUGUUAACAGGUUUUACUGAAUGGUUUCAUGGCAGGGCCUAUUUAUAGACCUGGGCGUCAGACAGACACGCAUAUUUUUAUCUUCCCACCACUGAUUGCAUUUGCUGAACAUUUAUUCAGUGGAAUCGCACAGAGAAACACAUUGACUCAGUCUUGGAGUGCUAAGCACACAUUGCAGGCAAUCUAUCUUAUUACUGGAAAUGCAGCAAAUACACAUACAUACAUAGCCUACAUCCGUGUCAAAAAAGAGAUCCAAGACUGUGUCGACAGUAUGCAGAAUGAACGCAAAAUAUUAGCUUGGUAAAUCAGUUAGAAAAGAGGGUAACACUUUAC